AUGACAUCAACUUUGAUAACAUCAGGACUAGUAGGGACCGUCCUGCAACACCCUUGGAGUUGGUUGAUCAGUGCCCUCCUAGGCGGGUUUAUCAUCUGCAUUUUUAAACGCCGAUAUUUAAGCCCUUUGAGUGGUAUUCCUGGUCCUCUCCUGGCCUCGGUAUCUCAAUUAUGGAUGGCAAAAGAAUCUUACGGGGACUCAUUCCACCGCACCAAUAUUGCACUCCACGAGAAAUAUGGCAAAUUGGUGCGAAUUGGACCCAAUGAAGUGAGCGUUGCCGAUCUCGGUCUAGUCAGGAAGAUGUUUGCUGCUGGAAACAAAUACGCCAAAUCGUCAUACUAUGACUCGUGGAAAGGAAAACGCAAGUUUGAUCUCUUCGGCGAGCGAGAUGAAAAGGCACAUAGCUCUAUGAGACGUCUUGUUAGCCGAGUCUACUCAAUGGACUCCAUGCGGGACCUCGAGGUCUAUGCGGAAAGAACAGUGAACAAGUUCGUGACUCGUCUGGAUGAAAUGCAAGGCCAAACACUCGAUAUGAGUGUGUGGUUUCAAUUGUUUGCAUUCGAUACAAUUGGUGAACUCACUUUCUCUCACCCAUAUGGAUUUUUGGAUACGGGUAAAGAUGAUGGCACACUGGCUUCGGUUUGCCAGGCUCUUUGGUCGUUGUCGUGGACAUCCUUUGCACAAUGGAUCAUCCCACUAGAUGAUUUCGUUACGCCCAUCUUUGGCCCUCAACUUUCCAUGCAUAUGAGAAAUGGAAAAUUUGCCCAGUUUGCCAUGCGAGAGUUGCGUGAACGUGAGAAGAGACCGGAUAACCACAAAGACAUGCUGACAAAGCUCUUCGAGGCUCGCAAGGACAAACCAGAUCUCAACGAUGCAGCUAUCCAAGGCAUCAUGAACUCAAAUGUCUUUGCAGGCUCUGAUACAACGGCUAUUGCGCUCCGUGGAGUGUUCUACAACAUUCUCAAACACCCACAGGUUAAAGAGAAAUUUUUGAACGAGCUGUGGCAGCGCCGGAGCAGUGGGGAGCUUAGCGAACCCAUUAAGUUCCAUGAGACUGAAAAAUGGCCUUAUCUUCAGGCACUUAUAUAUGAGGCCCUUCGUUUGCAUCCUGUGACAGGAAUGGGGUUUUCACGAAUUGUACCACAGCCUGGUGUGGAAGUCGAUGGUCAUUUCUUGCCAGCAGGGACAGCUGUGGCCCCGAAUGCUUGGGUGAUUCACCGGAAUAAAGAAGUUUAUGGUGAUGACGUUGAGGUGUAUCGACCAGAACGCUGGCUUGAUGAAUCUAAGAAGAGUGACAUGCAGAGAUUCUUCCUGGCCUUUGGUGGAGGCACUCGGACAUGCAUCGGUAGAAACAUCAGCUGGAUGGAAAUUUCUAAAAUCAUCCCAACCUUGUUCUUGAAUUUUGAUUUUGCACUUGUGCGUCCUGAUCGCCCUUUGAAGGAAGUUUGCGCUGGUCUUGUUGUACAAGAGGGUCUUUUAGUCACCUAUAAGAGACAAACGCGGGCGUUUGAAUGA